CACCUAAUUGCUUAGUCCGUCCCUCAUUACCAUAUCCAAUGUAGAGUUUGCUGGACUCUGGCCAAUCUGCUCUCGCUCACAUGGUACCAUUCAUCGCGAUGCAUUAUUCACUAUCAUAAUUAUAUAGCGACAUGCGCAAUCCACACGGCAACAGCAACACCAGCUAAUUUCCGUCAUUUUUUUUUUUUACUACCAGACUAUUUGCGAACAUUUUUUUCACCCACUCGCUCGCAGCAGCAGCUGAUGUAUCUGCAAAAAGCAGCGACAUCUCGCCGCGCAGCAACAGCAGCAUGUCCCGUCGCAAGCAAGCCAAGCCGCAGCACCUCAAGUCUGACGAGGAGGACCCCGCACUCGGAGGAGUCCUCUCUGAGAAUGCCCAUGGAGAGGUGCUGGACGACGCUGACAGUGGAAACGAGAGCCGCAGUGGCAGCGAGGAGACCCAUGUGUGUGAGAAGUGCUGCGCUGAGUUCUUCAAGUGGUCCGACUUCUGUGAACAUUUGAAGAGCUGCACCAAGAACCCGCUGGUGCUCAUUGUAAAUGAGAAUGAGGGCACGCCCGAUCCUCCCCAGGAGUACCCUGUCGAGCCCUCCCCUGAACCCAGCUGCUCCAGCGAACAAGCGGACAGCGACGAGCCCGGAGAGGGCAACCACAGCACGGCCGGAGACAUCGAUGAGGUCCCAGAGUUGACGGGCUUCGAGGGGGUCGGCGCCCUGGAGAAGGAGGACGACGCCAUGGAAGUGGAGCUGUCUCCUGAGAAAAUCUUGGAUCCUGAAGAGCAAGACAUGUCCCCUGAGCCUGAAGGCUGCCUACCUCUGCUCAGUGACGCAUCCCCCUCCCCUGCCACCGGCUAUGCUAUGCCUAGCACCAACGUCACCCUGGAGACGCUGCACGGCACUCGGGUGGCCGUGGCUCAGUUCUCGCAGAGCGUGAAGGCUGCAGUGGGCAGUGGCGUCUCCACCAUGGCCAUUCCCAUGAUCCUGGACCAGCUGAUGGCCCUCCAGCAGCAGCAGAUCCACCAGCUGCAGCUGAUAGAGCAAAUACGUAAUCAGGUGGCGCUGAUGAACAGACCGUCAUCCUCCCAGCCGGCUCUCAACCAUCACACACACCACAGUACCAAUACUGGGGCCCAAAGCGCUCCCUCUGUCGGUGGUCCGUCGAUACCAAGCCAGCUUCAGAUUCACAGCUUCAUCACUCCUCCGGUCCAUCAGCUACCAAUGAGAUUGCCAGCUUCUCUCGGUGGUCCAGGCCCGUCCUCUCUGACCUCAGCAAUGGAUGUGCCGCUGUCAAACACACCGCAGAGCCAGCCGUCUCUCAACUCUCUCAACUCUUCAGUGCCCAGCACUUCCUCAAACAAUUCGGCCUUCCCACCAACCAAUGGCAGUGUUCUUUCAUCUCUGCUGCCAUCCAUCUCAUCCUCCGGCUCGAAUAACAUCAACAAUGGUAGUAGUUUGACCGCAAGUGGCAGUGGAAUCAGUAGCAGCAGCUCAGCCCUCCCCAGAAACACACCAACACCUCCAUCGCUGAGCCACAGCAGUCUGCUAAGCUCAGCCUCCAACCUACCACUGAUAUCUCACAGCUCUUCCAGCAGUGUGAUCUUCCCCAACCCGCUUGCCAGCAUAGCAGCAACGGCCAAUGCUCUGGACCCACUCUCUGCUCUGAUGAAGCAUCGCAAGGGAAAACCCCCCAACGUGUCUGUGUUCGACACAAAACCAAGCUCCGAGGACCCAUUCUUCAAGCAUAAGUGUCGAUUCUGUGCCAAGGUGUUUGGUAGUGACAGUGCCCUGCAGAUCCACUUGCGCUCGCAUACUGGUGAGAGGCCCUUCAAGUGUAACAUAUGUGGCAACCGCUUUUCUACCAAAGGCAACCUCAAAGUCCACUUUCAGAGGCACAAAGAGAAAUAUCCCCACAUUCAGAUGAACCCAUACCCUGUGCCAGAGUACCUGGACAAUGUACCCACUAGCUCAGGCAUUCCCUAUGGCAUGUCUCUGCCGCCAGAGAAGCCUGUUACCACAUGGCUAGAUAGCAAACCAGUCCUGCCCACCAUCCCUACCUCAGUUGGGCUUCAGCUUCCUUCCACUUUGCCAAGCAUGAUGGGAGGUUUUGGUGAGUCUCCAAGCCUCACCCCACUCAAUAGAUCACCUCAAAGAACUUCUCCACCCUCAAGUGAGUGUGCAUCUCUCUCACCGAAUAUCCUCACUGACUCUGGCAUGACCACUUUGUCACCCUCCCCAAAACCAAGCCUAGGGAGCGAUCCUCCUCCUCUCCUGAAGCCUGAGGGUAUUCACCUUCCCCCAACUUGCUCAAGACCUGGGGAGAACACCUACACGAAUACCACCGUGACUCAAGUAAACCUUUCCACAAAUGUCAGCUCUACCACCUUGUCUAGCAGUGGUCAGGUACCUGAACCAAUCUCAAAUCCUAAUCCUGUGUCCCACCCAGUCCUUCCCAUGCUCUCAGAUCAGUUCAAGGCCAAGUUUCCCUUUGGAGGCCUCCUAGAUUCUAUGCAAACAUCAGAGACCUCAAAAUUGCAGCAAUUGGUUGAAAACAUUGACAAGAAAAUGACAGACCCAAAUCAAUGUGUGAUCUGCCAUCGUGUCCUGAGCUGUCAGAGUGCACUGAAGAUGCAUUACCGGAUCCACACUGGCGAGAGGCCCUUCAAGUGCAAGAUAUGCGGGAGGGCGUUUACCACAAAAGGGAACCUGAAAACACACUUUGGUGUCCACAGGUCCAAACCUCCACUUCGUGUCCAGCACUCCUGCCCAAUAUGCCAGAAGAAGUUCACCAAUGCUGUUGUGCUUCAGCAGCACAUCCGUAUGCAUAUGGGCGGGCAGAUUCCCAACACUCCACUGCCCGAAAGCCUACAGGAGAUGGACACAGACCUUUCCUUUGAUGAGAGGAGCUUGGACGCAAUGAGCAGUUAUGAUGAUGACCUUCUGGAUGAGAUGGAGCAGGCAAUGGAUGAUGAAGAUGACCUGGGGGGAGUAGACAUCGACAGUUCCAAACCAUAUUCCCCUGGCUGCUCACCGCCCACCUCUGUCAUCUCAAGCAUUGCAGCUUUGGAAAACCAGAUGAAGAUGAUUGAUUCCACUGCUAACAUGAGCCACUCGUUCAGUCACAAGCUUUCACAGAAUGGCAAUGGCUUUGCAGGGGAGGGGGAUUUCUUCUCUCAUGACAACUUUUCUGGAGUAGGAGCUAUUGACGGUCAGAGCUUGGGGAGUCCAGCCCUAUCGGAGUCCUCUGACUCUUUGCAGCACCUGUCGCCAGCUCACAGCCAUUCAGAGAGUCUCCAUCCAAAGUCCCCCAUGACACUUCACAUUAACAAUGGCGGUGGUGCCUCAACAGCCGAAGAAGGGCAGGAGAUCCAUAUCCCAGUGGCAACAGUUAAGUCUGAGAAAUCGGAGACUCCCUCUCCGCUCCCUGCCUCUGAAGGCACAGGGGCUCUGGACCUGACUGCCACUCAACCUGGCAGGCAUUUCAUCAAGGAUGAGAGCCACUUCAACAUGCUGUUCCUCAGUAGAGACAGAGGUAUGUACAAAACAGUUACCUCUGGGGAAUCUAACACUUCCCAUUAUUUGUGAAUGAAUGUAAAUAUUGACAUAUUUGUUAACCUCAUCAUUCAAAUGAUGAGGUGAUCAAAUAUAUAUAUAUAUAUAUCAACUAAUGAGACUCUCAUCUUUUCCUCAGGCCUCAAUCCUCCAAAUCUGGCAAGCACAGCGUCUAACAUGAUCAAAAUGGAAAUGAACGGACAUGGUAAGACGAUGUCGCUGACGGACAGCCCCCACCUGCCCCUGGGCAUCCAAGUUCCAGCCGUGGCACCCCAAACAACCAUGAGCCCCAGCAUCACGCCAAUGCUCGCCCCACCACCUCCGCGGCGCACACCUAAGCAGCACAACUGCCACUCAUGCGGGAAGAACUUCUCUUCAGCCAGUGCCCUGCAGAUCCAUGAGCGCACACACACGGGCGAGAAGCCGUUUGGCUGUUCGAUAUGUGGAAGGGCUUUCACCACAAAAGGCAAUCUAAAGGUUCACAUGGGGACACAUAUGUGGAACAAUGCCCCCGCCCGCAGAGGUCGACGCCUGUCCGUGGAGAAUCCCAUGGCACUGCUGGGUGGCGAUGCCAUGAAGUUCAGUGAGAUGUUUCAGAAGGACCUGGCUGCUCGGGCCAUGAACGUCGACCCAGGCUUCUGGAACCAAUAUGCGGCCGCCAUCACCAAUGGCCUGGCCAUGAAAAACAAUGAGAUCUCAGUGAUCCAGAAUGGGGGCAUCACCCAGCUUCCCAUUAGCCUAGGGGGAACUGGAAUGCCUUCCCUCGGGUCGAUGUCUGGAGGGAUGGACCGGGUGCAUGCUGACCGUAGCCCUCCGAUGACAGGCAUGGAGAAGGCUGGACUUGAGUUGGGAUCCACCCGACCUUUCUCCAGGUUCAUGGAGGAGAACAAAGAAAUCGGAAUCAAUUAAAGACUUGCCAGUGUUAUUACAAGGUAGGCUUUGAAAAAGUCUGAAAGUAAAAAGAAAAAAGAAACUGCUAAUACAGUUUGAACUCAUACGUACUAUAUUAUGUACAGCUGAAGUAAUUUCUUUGUUUGAUUUUGGAAAUAUAGUAUUUAGUAUUCAUUAGAGGUCUUUGCCUUUCCCUCAUUCACCUCCUUGAUAUUUCGCCCAUAUGAAAAAUACUUUGUCUCUUGUUUGAGAGUCUGUCGUCUUGCAAGAUUUGCAUGGUAUUCAUUGGUUUCUAUCAGUAUGUUUGACUGCUUUAGGAAGAAAAAAACUGUAUACUGUCUCAUUUGUGAUCAGAAAGCAUCAUAUUUGAACAGGACUUAAGCAGGCGGGGUGAGAGCUUGGCAUAAGGACUACAUGCUAAAGUCCUGUUUGGAAAGCGCUACACGAUUGCUCCUUUUUAAAUAAGGGCUAGGGAUAAAUUGAAGAAAGGACUGAAAUGAACUGUUUCUGUGUUCGCCUGGUAAUUUUUUCUCACAAACUAGAAAACUUGAACAAAAAAAGGUUUGAACUAUUUUAAUCUUUACAUUUAGUCUCCCAGCAUUGUCUUAUAAUAUUGUCCUGUGUCUUUAGUAUUUAUAAUAUUGACAAAAAAGCGGGUAUACAAAAUAUAUUUAAUGACCCAGGCAUUUUAUUGAUCCAUUUUUUUCUAAAAUGCAGGCUUCGCUUAUGAAUAUCUCCUUCAAUAAAGAUGACCUGUCAUUCAACAGAUAAAAAGGUUGAUUAUUUUUUUUGUGAUAUCUUUAGAGAGACUAUGUGAGACAUGGUACACGGUAAAAGGGGAGAGAUAUCUAAAGCUGCUAUGAACACAACCCUGCUUUUAACCUUUGUAAAAAGAGAAGAAAAAUAUCCUUUGGAGAAAUAUCUAUGUAUAGAAAUACAGACAAAUCUAAGAACAGGUAUGCAUAUUUUGUAUCACAUAAAAAUAGACAUCAUGAGUUGGGAGUAUUUGUCAUGUUUGUGAAUGCACUUUUUAAAACGAGACGUUUUGUCUGUGAGUUACCGUUAACCUUUUGACUGAGCUAUCUAUCACGUGCUGUUAAAAAAAAAAAUGUUUCCAGCAUACCACUCCUACAAUUUGCAAAAUUGGUUGUCUGUUGUUGCAUCUGUACCACC